AUGUCUAAAGAAGCAUUUAAUCGCCUUUGCCGAGAACUUUCGCCACAUAUCUCUAAAAGGGACACCAAUUACAGGAAAGCCAUUACAGUGCGUCAUCGAGUUGCAAUAACAUUAUAUUAUUGGCUUGCGGACACGGCUCACUUUCGAACGAUCGGAAAUCUAUUUGGUGUCGGAAAAUCCACUGUUUGUGGUAUUGUGCGACAGGUAUGCGAGGUGAUAGGGAACGUUCUUCUUCCCAAUUAUAUAAACGUUCCCCAAAAUCAACAUGAAGUCCAAGAAAAAAUUGAAGGUUUUAAAAGUCGCGCGGGUUUUCCCCAGGUGGUUGCAGCAGUCGAUGGUUGCCAUGUCCCAGUCAUUGGACCUCGGCAAAGUCCAGAUGAUUAUGUUAACAGGAAGGUAUUCCACUCAUUAAUCCUUCAGGGGCUAGUAGAUUGUAAUUAUCUAUUUCUUGAUAUAUGUGUUGGAUGGCCGGGUAAAGUACACGACGCACGUGUCUUCAAGAACUCUUCAUUGUUUGCCUUGUGUUGUGCCAGAGCUUUUCUUCCGCUCGACAUGUCGGUGAUGAUAUCUGGUGUACAAGUUCUCCCCUGA